AUGCAAAUCAACCCGAAAUUCAAGUUGUUUAAACUGAAGAAUGACAAACCACUGACAUCCACCCAACGCCAAGUAUCCACCCAACGCCAAGUUUCCACGACCACCGUGUUCAACCAGUCCCACUCUCUGCCGCUGACGCCAGGCACGACUCCUCUUCAUUCCCCGCUAUCGAAGCAAAAGUCCACCUUUGGCGAACUGCCAACCAAGCCUUUGCGGGACGUGUACUCGACCUACAGUACCGUGCUGUUGCCGGAGCAGGGCUCUCGCCAGCGGUACAGUCACAACCACACGUCGAGCCAUGACACUGAUAUGAGCGUCACGACUUUGCAAGAGGAAACUGAACAUUUAAUCCCACCUCUUCCUCGCCUGGAGCCAGGAAGACUGGUGCUGAUGUCGGCGGCGUCUACUCCGCAAGUGGGUAUGGAUGAAGACGAUAGUGAACGUCUUGCAAACAACAUUUUGGUGUUUGUGUCCCACCGACAAAACGAAGCGUUGGAAUGGGCUGUUUGA